GAAGUAUUUGUGUGUCAUUUCUAAUUAGCGUAUUUUAAAAUGGAUCUUAACUCAGGAAACAUUUUCCUGGAUGAGAUUCCUUCUACAAGUGUAAUAUACCUUGUCUUCUUUUUCCAUGUGCAAUAGUUUGAUUUAGCCUCACUCAUAGCAGGGCCUUUGUGCAGAAGAACACAAAUGGCCACAUUUUCAUUUAGCUUUUUCUUUUUCUGUUGGUGAAAAAUUGUUCACAAUUGGUUUUCUGUUAGCUUAACUCUGGUGGUGGUUUUCAGCAAAUUUGUUGCAUUGCAUGAUAUUAAUUAUCCAUGGUGCUUAAUAUUCCUGUCAGGUAAGCCUGCGAUAGAUGAUGUGGAUAGUGUGUGACUGUUGCACAGCAACUCUAAAGGAAUGGCAAAGCCUGGAGUACAACGCAUGCUUUAGAAGCUGCCCAAAUUCUAAUGAAUGUCUAUUCCAUUAACACAAGAAAGGGUUCUUGUCACUACAUUAAAGCAAUUAAAGGAUGUUAAUUCGGAUAUGUAUAGGAUAUACAAAAGAACAGCUAAUUUAAGCCUGUCUAGUACACUGAAAGCAAUCCCUCCCUUUCCUGCUUUUUUCUUUAAUUCCAUUGGUUUAUGUAUAUAGACAGUACUCUGGCAAUCAACAAGACCAAGAUAAGCUGGGGACAGCCACUGGUUUUAGAACUCUUUACAAUCUUACAGCUUUUAGGAAAUACCUUGAGUUUUAUUUCAUAUGCUCUGUUUGUUCAUCCUUGAACUUCACUGCUUCCACUGUUCUUCUCAUUCCAGGAGAAAAAGUACACGAGAUCUUUAAAAGGAGAUUUGAUAAAUAUAUAAGGAUGGAUUAAUUAAAUCUAGAGGUUUUUACUGGGCCCGUGAUUCUGUGGAUAAUGCCUUAUGGAACUGUUUCUUUCUGCUCUGUGAAGCUUUUUGGUUAGGGAGAUAUUUCUUGUUACCGAUUUAAAGAAUAUUUUUCAAUUACAGUACUGCAGAAAGAGGAGGAUUUUAGUUUCUAUAAUAACUGUUCUCUACUGACAGCUAAACAAUGAAAGGCCUCAAAAGGUUUGACAUUUGAUUAGAUCUACAUAAAGCGCAGCAGGCAAAAAAUAUGGUAAUCAGGGGGCCUGAUCCAGUACAUUGCUCAGGUAUGUCUUUAACCUUAAGCACAUGAGCAAUCUAGUUAAUUAAAAAAGAAAAGAUACACGUUUGUAAUGAAUCCGUAUUUGGAUCAACAGUCCUACCACCUACGAACAGGAAUAUUUCAUUAAAUGUAAGAUAUGCUGCAUUGUAACAAAGUAAUCCACUGACCCAUGUUAUAAUGACCUCCUCACGUACUGUUUUGGUAUUGUCACUUAUCAGCAUUAUCAGUUUAUUGAUAUCUAAAAAUAUGAUAUCUUGCUCAAUAUACAGAUAAAUACAUUAUCAGCUGAAGUAAUUACUUUUGAGCCUUAGAAAAGCACCUUCUCACUUAAACUCACUGCAAAAUUAAUCGGCGUUCCUGUUCUGAAAUGCUUUCAAGAAGAAAUCUCAAUUGUUUUACUCAAGUUUCUUGUUAAACCUUGCUGUGGUUAAGGACAGUUAAUGUUUUGUCCCUGAUUGAGCAAAGCACUGAAGAGUACCUGGGAGGAUCCCAGCACUAAUUCUCCAUCCCAAAAGCGAGAACCUUUCAUUCAGUUCUGCAGGAAGUUGCUUUUGGAAUUGAUUUUGGUGUGUGCCACUGUUUCAAAAUCUAUGCUGGUUCCGCUUUACCUGUGUUAUCUAGAGACACCAACACUCACCUCCAGCAGGUUAGUGAUGCAGGAUGUCCCACUAGAUAGACUGAGCCUUCCGUGAGGAAAUACGUGAUGUGGAGUUGGAGCAGCUUCCCAAAAUAAAGAGCUGUCUUACCAGGGAUCUAUGCAGCUAUAGUGUUUGAAAGAAUUUGGAAGCUGUAUUCCUAAAGAGCAGUUCUAAAACUGUUUACAGACAGGUAGUAUGUUUUUGUUUAACAAAAAUGCGAUCAGAAUAAAACAGCUUCAGUAUCUAGCAGAGAAGCUGCUACAGUAAAUGGGUUGUAUUUCAGACAGAAGUGACUGACACUAGUUUGAAAGCUUGCCGAAAAAUGAAAGUCGCUGUGUAAAUGGGUGAGAACAAGGAAAGCGGUGCAGCAAAGGGAAGAGUCGCUCCGUAGUUGCAGUAUUUCUGGAGCGUGAUUGGGUUUGGGUUUCUUUUUUUUCCUUCUUGAUUUAACAAGAUGAAAAUCUGCUGAAUAAUUCAUGAAGAGUGGAAGGGCUGAAUCUUCCAGGAAUGAUAUACAGAGUACGUACUGUGUCACAGGAGGAACUGCAAAGCUUUGUAUCAGUUGCUGCCGUUUCUGCUACUGAUUGCAAGGUGCUGCCGCUUUUGGCAUUUUUGCAGCUACAGAAUCCUCUGCCGAGCUCAGGUCUGCCUACCGCAAUCUGCACCCUAUGGACCCACCUUCACUAGCUCCAGCCUCUGGGAUUUCCUGCCACCUAUCUGCCUUGGACAUCGCUCUUCUCCGGGUCGUUACUGCUAACUGCGUUUUCUGGACUUGCAGCUCAUAUGACUGAAAUCUGCCUCGAGUUCCCCGCCCGCACAUCAUCUCUCGUGUUCAGCGGGGGGCUGCCGCAGCAGGAUCUGCCCUGGAUGAGGAUGGGAUUUACAGGGAGAAGUCAGAACUGAGCUGCACUCAGCGCGAUGCCCAACGCCUCUUCCUGGAGCGUGAGCUCACCCCUGCUGCUGCUCUGGGAGGACUCCUCAGGGACCCGCAUCUUCCUCUCGCUGCUCUAUGCGGUCCUGGCUAUCUCAGGGACUCUGUCCAACGUGAUGGUCAUCUAUUUGGUUUUCUCCUUCAAGAAGCUGCAGACCACCAGCAACGCCUUCAUCGUGAACGGCUGCGCGGCCGACCUGAGCGUGUGCGCACUGUGGAUGCCGCAGGAGGCCGUGCUGGGGCUGCUGCCCCCCAACUCCUCGUCGCUGCGCUCGGCCGAGUACCGCCUGCUGCGCGAGGGGCUGCUGGGCCUCGGCCUCACCGCGUCCCUGGCCUCGCACCUGCUGGUGGCCUUCAACAGGUACGUGCUCAUCACCAAGCUGCCCAGCGUCUACCAGGCCCUGUACCAGCGGAAGCACACGGGCUGCAUGAUCGGGCUGUCCUGGGCUCUGGCGCUGCUCCUGCUCCCGCUGCUGCCCGGGCUCUGGACGCCGGGCCCUGCCCCGCAGCCUCCCCCUCGCCAUUCGGACGGCGGCUCCCGCUACCCGGCGCUGCUGCUGGCGCUGGCCGUGCUGGGCCAGACGGCGCUGCUGCUGCACUGCUACCUGGGCAUCGUGCGCCGGGUGCGGGGCAGCGCCAAGCGGGUCAGCGUCCUCAACUUCCACCUGCUGCACCAGCUGCCCUUCCCCGCCGCGCCGCCUCCGCCGCGCCGCGCCCAGCGCCGCCUCAGCAGCGUCUCGGUCCUGCUGCUGUGCUGCGUCUUCCUGCUGGGCACGCAGCCCCUGGUCUGGGUCAGCCUCCUCGGCUUCUUCCUGCGGCCCGCUCCUCCCGCGCUGCAGGCCGCCAGCUGGCUGCUGCUCUGCUCGCUCUCGGCGCUCAACCCGCUGCUCUACACGUGGCGCAGCGAGGAGUUCCGCCGGGCCGCGCGCUCCGUCCUGCCCCGCUCCGAGGGCUCGGCCGCCGCCCCCCGACACGCCGCCUCCAACGCGGCCGGUCCCGCCGCCGCCGCCCCGCCCUGCCCACAACUACCACGGCGCCGGAGCACGGCGGGAUGCGCCGCUCCGCGCUGAGCCCGGCCCGGCACACGGCUCCAAGCCCCGCCGACAGGGGGCGCCGAGGGCACGGGCCGCGCUGGGCGGGAACUCGCGGCCGCCUCGUGCCCUCAGGAUGGAGCUGCCGUCACCGCAGCGUGUCCCAGCAGCUCCUCCAGUGUGCGAGUCUCUGCUGCUCCGGGCUCCGACAUGCUCCCUCAGGGCAGGGCUGCAGGUAGAAGCGAGGCCGUGCUGAGGCCGCCUGCCCUCCCUUUGCCCCCAUGUCAGGACUGCAGGCAGCAGAGAUAGAUCUGCGGUGACGGUAACUAUGGCACUGCGAGGUGCUGCCUUUGAGCUUUAACUGUUCCAAUGUGAGGUAGACGCUGGGCUCUGAGAUUUGCUGCAGGGUUCUGUUUUUCUAUUUUAUUUGAUUAUAGAAUCUGUGUAACGCUGCUGGCAUUUGAAGCAGUUAUUUGAGUGAACACUGAGCACGGGGCUCAUGUGUGAGAACUGCCGUGUGUCCCAUCCUGUUCUCCAGCCCCGAGAGCCCUGGGAACCAUUUCCUGUACCUGCUUCAUCUCUGUGCUCCGUGCAGGACCCUCCUUGUCCCAUCCGAGCUUUCAGGUGAUGCUGCCUGUGGGAAAUGUUCAAAACAGGCACCUUUUUAGUCAGCUGGUUUGGUUUUUUUGCUGUUGUUCUUUUGAAAGCUCUUUACAUGAGGCCUGUUUUAACAAAGGCAUCCACCUGUGGUAAGGAGGCACUCUGUGAAACCUAUGGAGUGCUGCUCCCUGACCUUAUCAUGUGUUUGCUAACAGCUGGUGUUUCUACUCCACGCGUUGCUGUUGCGGUGGGAUUUCACAGCUUCUGCUAAAAGUAACUGGACAAUGCAUCCCAGCUGGGCACUGAGGCUGUGCUGAGCGCUGCCCUCCGCCUCCCUGACUGUGCUGACGUUGUUAUUGUGGAGCUGAUCUUUGCCUUUCGCAUGAGAGACUCAAGGAGGGCAGUUCUGUUCUGUGUGCUCUCUCAAUCAGUCCCAGCGCUGCCUGGGGAAGGUGAAGGGCUGUGGGAACACUGCAAAGCUGUGUGCAAAAAGUUUGUUGCGUUGGGUGGGAAACAUUAAUACGAGUUUGGCAGCUCUUUCAAGAAUGUUUGAAUGCUAAGACUAUAAAGAAACAGCAAACACAGUGGGUAUAGCACAGAAGUGUGCGUAGCCAUGUUUUACAGUGCUCAGCACUAAUGUUAUCUUACCUGAUAUGGCUUCAUUUUCAACAGAAGUUGCUUCUGAAGGGAGGAAAGAAUGUUAUUUUAUUCCCCCAACCUUAAGAUGUAUUAGCGUUCAAUGAUAUGUUGGUGUAUUUAAAAAUCCCCAUAGCAACGUUUUAUUUUUCUAAAGUAAAAACUGUUGCCGUUAUCACAGAAAAGAUUAGCGAGGUUGGGCUUUGACAAAGGCAGGAUGUCAAGUCUUAGGGAAAACUUAGGAAAUAUUCCUUGUCUUCCUGAAAAUGCAGUCAUGUCUUGUAAGCAGCUUCAGCCACUUACCAGCACCUGUAGGAAUGGAAUAGAAGUUUCCUAGAAUCUCAGACUUAGAGUUUCUUCCCCCAGCGUGGAGGCAACGUGCCACCUGCGUGACUGCAUCGGGGAGAUCACAAGAGCUGGCAAGGAAAUGUGACUGUAAAAGAUGCACAAGAUUUAUCUUAUCACCACAUUGCAUCUGUCUUGGAGAGUACUGCGUCCUUGUUGUAAUCUCACAUCCUAAUCAUGGGGACGGUGCUUUUGCUAGCUUUGUGCAGCAAAUGGAUAAGGAGAAUUUACCGACCACGCCUAUAGCAAUGCUGGAAAUUAUUUGGUAUCGCUGCCAAAAUAAAGCUAAGCCAAGGGCUGCCUGGGGCUGAGAGCUGGUUCUGCUGCACCCAGUUCUUAGGCUGGGACCCAUGACAGGAGGGGAAUCACCAUUUCCCAGCACUGCUGAAGGAACUGGAGUCCAUUGGCAAAGCUCCGUAUGGGACUGUCAGCAAAGAACAAGCAUUAAAAUACUGAAUUAGCCACCACCCUCUGUUUCUGACUACAUAUUCUGGGAUAAAAGCAAUAACCUGUUUUGGAGUUCAGUGGCCAAACAUUAUAACAAACUUCUGGGUUUCUUCCCGUAUCAAAUAGCAUGCAAGUUUAAUCUGAAAUGCUUGUGUUUUAUAUGGACAGUGUCUUAAAUGCAAGUAUGUAUUAAACAAUGUUAUCCUGUACAAAACUUGGUUCAGCUAUCCUUCUGCUAUGCAUUACUUCCAGAGAACAGCUGGAAAUCCCUUAGGAACUCUGAUGUAAUUACAUCUGACUGUGAGUCUUUGACUGUUUUGUUACACUCAGGUGACCCAAAUAGUAUCACACAGGAAAGAGUUUUGAUUUAAAGUCAUCAAAAAAGAGUAAUUAUCUCAAAUCAAGAUCUCGGUUUCUCUGAGGAAUUACCACUCAGAAAAGCCCUGUCUGCCUCCUUCUACAGCCAUACUCUGUAUUUCAGCAUUAUAAAUACAGUAACAAUGGAAGCUCAGCUUCCAUCUCAUCUUCCCUUGGUUCCGUGUUGCUGCUCCUUGAAUGAGACAAUUGAUCCGACUCUCAGUUUUUAGUAUUUCUGCUGGAUUUUUUUCAGCUAAUUCAAGGGUGUCCAUUGCUACUGUAAUGGUAACUUUCUUCAGUAUGAAUUUCUGUCAUAUUCAUCCAGCUCAUGUGCAGUUGCCAGGCGUACAUCGCCAUCGCCAGCUGUCCUUUAAAUCUGUAGUACGAGGCAUGUUUGUACUUCUCAAAGUUUUCCUUGAGAAUUGUUCAACCAACUGAUCUUUCAAAAGAUGUAAAGGAAGACGGUGGGGAAACCUAUUGGCAAUUGAAUUGAAGUUCUGCUUAGCUCUGACAUUGUGCCAAGCAAGGUGAAUGUGGCCCAAAGCUUCCCAUGACUGCUCAGAUCCACAAAUACCAGGCAGCGGAUGUAAUUUUGUCCAAAUGGUGAAUUUAUUGUACAGCAGUGCGGAUCUCUGGCUUAUUUUGUGUGCGGUUGGUGCCUAUUCCUUUGCUAUUUUCUCAGGGCUUCUGGAAGCGAGAGCAGCUCACAGUCAGUAGCACCUGCCUGGGUUGUGGCCAGUUGUAUUGGUCUGAUUGGAAGCAGUCAUUGAGUUUUGUGGCCUUUGUAAAUUUACCUGUAAUAUGGCCAGAUGUUUUGUGGUUUGCCUGUGCAGAAACACAGCCUCACUCUGCAACCAGCUCUUAGGGGGUCAAAUUGUGAUGCCUCAGAACAAUAAAUACCCUAUGGCAGAAAUACAGCCCAUUGUGAAAUAGCUUGCAGAGGCUGUUGGUGAAGUUACUACACUUAAGAUAGUAUAAUAUAAUAUAUAUAUAUUAAUAUAUGAUGAUCUAUAACCGAAUGCUUUGUUCAGUAAUGUGAGCCUCCUCCAGAGCUGGGUGCUUGCUGCUGUAAACAAAGGUGCAAUAAAAAUGCACAAGCAGCAAAGUAAGGCUGGCACAAGUGGGUGAGAAGCACAGAGAGCAGAGCAGGGUCAGUGACAGCGUGACCCCGAGAUCAGCACAGAGGUACUGAAAGCUGAAAGAGGCUUAUGGUGAAAUAAACCCUCUCAGACUGUUUGGCUCCUUUGGGUGUGGAAACAGGAUUCAACACUUUCUUAAUAAGUGAGAUGCACAGCUGCAUUCUCAACGUUUGCUUUUAGAAAAGUAUCCCAUGCAGCAGCAAAUCUUCAUUGAUUUCUGGAAUCAAGAAAGACUAACGGUGUGAUUUAGACCAGCAUUCUUAUGGACCAGCCUUCUUACACUUAGCGUCGUUGCUGGACAUCCAGGCAGGAGUCAGAUCUCAGCCUGCCCCGCGUUCCCUCAGCCAUCAGCUCACUGCAAACCUCCUUUCCUGACUACCAGAUUGAUGCUAUUUUUAAAAAAAAACCCACAUACAGAUUAUUUUCAAAUGAAGACAUUUAAGUGUAGCAUUUCAUUAAAGAAAAGGUGACAACAUAUACUUUAGCUUUCUAUUUCAUCUUAAAUCACAUAACUAGAUUAUUGCAGUAUUCUUUAAACUCAGAAGUCCCUCUUCCAAAUGGCAGCGAAAAUAGCUUUUCUCGUGACAUCUAAGAAAGCUGCCUUUUUUGCUCCUUUGUGUCAAUCCUUCCCAUGCACUGUCAUCGUUUUACCAGGGUAAUAGUCCCUUUUCUUUCUUUCUUUCCUUCUUUCUUUUUCUCCUUUCUUCAGGAUUUUUUUUUCCUGUAGGUUCCUUCACAAAGGGAAAAGUUCUCAGUCCUGCUGGGCAGGGAAUGGCGACUCCUUGAGCAGCGUGAAUUGCUUGGGGAGACAAGUGUAACCUAAACAUAAGGAAUGGAGGGACAGGCUUAAGUUUCUACCAAAGUGAGUAGCAGGUGAAGGGGUUUUUUUCAUGCUUUCCAUAGUGCACAAACACCGUCUAUACUACAGGCACAUUCGUCUUUGUUUAAAGCUGGAAAACAACAACAACAACAACAACAACGAAAGAGUUAGAAUAGUUUGAAGGCUGGAGAAAAACACUUCAUAGUUGGUGUUCAUUAUGGCUGACUUUUCUGAAGAUACCUUGUUACAGAAUGCACUCUUCUGUGCAAAUAUUCAAACCAACCUGUUACCACACGCAGUAAUCUAAUGGGCUCUUUAGGCCUGGAAAACAUGUAAUUAAAGGUAGACGACUCUGCUCUGUGAGUGUGGACCACCUUGUUUGAUUACUGGCUAUGAGGUUGGUAUGGGAAGGCUUCCAGUGCAGUCUUUGCCUGGUGCCUGAGUUCAGGUUAUUCCUGAAACUACAGAACUGGAAACAGAAUACUGCUGAACCAAGCCCACUUGUGUCUGCGUUCUGACCCAAGGCUUUGGGUUUCUGAAGUCACUCAGCCUUACUUUUGGGAUAUGUUCUGAGGGAGAGUGUGCUGCCUGUGGGGGCUCAGCCCAAGGAGGGAGCUGUGUGCAGAAUCACGUGUUGAGCUCUGGGAGCAGGGACUGAAACAGGGAAUAGCAAAGAUGUGCCUCUGCCAAAUGGUGUAGUAUUCAUAUAAGACUAAAGGUGCCUUGUGUUUGGGAGCAGCCUGACCAAGUGAUUCAGCUGCUGAGGGGGAGGAUUGUCCAAGCCGCUCUAUAGGUGGCUGUUCCAUUUGUCAUUUUGGAUGCCAGUUUUCUGAAUUGACACCUUAGUACUGUUUGAUGGUGAUGCUGUUGUUGGGAAAAAUAUUAGUAGUUGUGACUAAUUUCAGUGCAAAAUGGGCUUCUCAGUAAAGUCGGGGUGAAAUUCGAUGUUUGCAACAAGACCUGACCUCACUGUUCCAUUCCUUUUCUUCCUGAGGGCUCAGAGAGAGUAGAUAGAAGAAAGUGGAGUUGUAGUCCUGGGGAGAGACACAGGCAGGGCAGCUGCUAUCCUUGGGAUGCCUUCCUUUUUAUUUAUAGCUUUGUGAAGCUGACAUCUCAGAUGGAAAAUUCUUAAUAGCUACCUUCAGGCUGUCUGGAGUCUUCACUUGUCCUGUGAUGUUCUCAGCAGAGAAUAAAGAAUGCAAAAAUGCAUCAGGCAGAAGCUUUAGCCAUUCUGACUGUUGUGAAGCUGAUGAUACGAUGAAGGCACGAUGCCAGCCUGAAAUACCAGCGCUCGACAAAGUGAGCAUUAGCAACAGAAGAAAGCUAUUUUUAAAUAAGAGUUUGGAGAGGGAAAUCUGGUGAAGCUGGCAGUGGCCAGUUCUGAACAGUGUUACACAGAUUUCCUUCCUGUUGGUUCCACAGAGGUGUCACAGUUUGAUGUCCUUUUUCUUGUCUUUUGCCCUCUGUCUGUGCCUCACCUCAGGCAGAGGUGGAGCAGCCUCCUUCUCAUCCUUAAGCUUCUGACACUGCCUUUUUGAUCAGUUUAUAUGUGCUGUUUGCCUGAUUCUUUAUAAACUUAAUAUUUUUCAUACUUAAACCUAGUGAAGUGGCUGUAACUGUCUUGUAGCUGUGGAGACAGGUGCAGCAAGGUUUAAAUGGGGUCAUAUCCAGAAGUAUUGUUAAGAUAUUUCGUAUUUACCACAGGAGUUUUCCAUAAUCAUUUCUCAUUCAAUUAAUCCUUUGUAAAGGUAGUGGUAAAAUCUUGCAGGGUUUGAAAUGCGCUGCCAUGUUAGCUCCUCUAGUGAGCACAGUUAUGCCUCUUGCAUUUAAACAAACAUCUUCCUUUUCUCUAGGUUGGUUUUUCUUGUUUGUUACAUUAUUAAAACUGAUGAAAUCAGGGAAUUCAUGGACUGCAACCUGGGGAAACAAAAAGCACAAGUCUCACUACUGCUCUCAUUUGACAUCAAGGCAAAGGCACUUACUGCGACAGUCAGCUCUUUUGUAUGGUAUUAAAGCAAGGUAGUAGAACUACCUGCAAUGUUGAUGAAAAGAGAUAAACAGGAACACAAAACUAAUUCAUGUGUACAAUGAGUAAAUGGAAGCGCUCUGGAUUCUGCAGUAAAUGUCUCUCUUGGCUCUUUGCUGUUUGCUGUAACUGUCGUGUACAUACUAACAGGAUUAGGCAAUUCACAUUCAAUAUAAGAAAUGAUGGAUCUGAGCUGAAUUAAAGGCAUGAAUUAAUUUUCUUUUAUCUCAUGCAUCGUUAAAUGUUGCUAUUGUACUGCCUAAUGCUUAUCUGUGUUGUACCACGGUCAUUACAGUAAGAUGAUCAUUACAGUCCCUUCUGUCAUAUAGUCACACUACGCUUAUAAAUGUAUCCUUGAGAUGGUAGUAUCGCAUGCUUGGCCUUGGCCCAAAUACAAAUGUGUUUUGAGGUUUUUGAGGGAGAAAUAAUCUAUUUCCGAGUUACUAACAUUCAAGGUAAAUUUCACGCUGAUAUGUUUAUACUGGAAGAAAAAAAAAGCCAUUUGAACGACAUCUUUGCUUCAUUUGAGAAAAACAAAACUUGAAAAACUUCUCAUCCCUUGCUAGAGAGCUCCUUGUCUGUGUUAUGGAAUUUGAGAAUAUAAAAGGCUGCAGUUGCUACUCUGAGAUCAACAAAAUCACUUAAAGCUUGUUUGGCAGCACAUGUCAGAUAAGCCCGAACCUUUUGUGAUCUGACCUGAUGCAGAAUGCCCCAACAUUCAGCCUGCUUAUCUAAGGCUUCUCUUGUGAGAGGGGCUGGCAGCCCCUGGGUGUAAGAGACACUGAAUGAGCUGCUGGCCACAGGCAGAGCUCAGGGAAUGAAUUUUUGUCAUUGUCUGAUUUAUUCUUCAGAUUUUCUUACCGUCAUCGAUCUAUUUUAUUUUAGAUUUGUGAGACAACCGUUCAUUUAAUUCUAAAGUGAACUGUCUUCUCUCAUAUUUAUACAAAUAUCUCAAACAAUUCUCUUCCUAAGCAUGAAAUGGGUUCACAGGAGCCGUGUGGAGGAAUCUUUGUGAAUGCCGCUCUGAGUGCAAAAGCAAAAUGAAACAGUCCAUUAAAAAAAGCAGCAGUUCAAAAUAAAAACACACUGCAUGUGAUUCGAAGGAUCUUGUAACCAUUUUCUAUCAUCAGACACUAUAAAUAUUAUGCUAAGAUACUGAGUAAAAUAGCUGAUAAUGUGUUAAUUGUAUCUGUAACUUGAAAAUAAUUAUCACCACAAUCGGGAUAGAAUGGCAUGUACAGUUUUUAGUGUGUUAAUGAGAUAUCCAUAGAAAUACUGAAGUAUUUUUUUUCUUCCUAUUCUCAUUCCUCGCACAGUACUGUAUUGAAAUCCAACUUUUCACUGCUUUUAAAACAAUGUUGAUCCAUUGUUUCGGUGCACUUUUGGUACUAUUUCUACAUCAGUGUUUGAUUUUGAGCAUGAAUGUAUGAAGCUGUUGAUGUGGCAGCCAUUCCUGGGGUGACAUAGAUCCCUGUUGUGCAAAUAUAUUUUUCACAAACUAUUGCCAAGAGUUUUGAUUGUAACUUUCAGUGGUGCAAUAUUGUUUGUAUGUGUUCAGGAUGGUGCCUGCUGCUGGUGGAUGCUGUCAGCAGUGAGGGCUGCUCGCUGUGUACCUUGGGAACCAUUCGGCUGUUUGCUUGUGGCCCAGUGUGGUACUGUGGGCAGCCAGCACAAAAGAGAGAAACUUCCUGUUUGUUCUGCAUACAAGCAGAAAGCUGCAUCCCUUUACAGCUGCUGCAUCCCUUUAAAAUGUGCUAAUUUAUGCCUUUUUGACAUGCUGAGUAACACAUUUAUUCUCAUAUCUUCAGAGGCACAUAUACUGUAUGAAAGAGUACGUAGGGCAGUGGAAUUUCAAUUAGUCUGCUUGUUAUAUAGGGCUUAAGGCCUAGAUUGUUACUAAUUGUUUAGUAAGUUUGGUUGAUUUCAUGGCGGUUUUUAAGUGCCCAUUCUCUGAAGUGAGAACUGGAAGACUUGGCUGUGUUUCUGCUUACCAUUGCUGGAUGCUGGAGCAGUUCAUAUAAUGAUGCUAAUGUUGAUGAGUGGAACUGUGCCUAUGAGCAGGAAAUAUCCCUCCCAGCAGUGAAGAACACAUCAGUGAACUGGGAAGAAAGAUCAGGAGUUCUAGGCUGGCUCUCAUGUAUUCCCAGCUCAUCAGACCUGCCAAGGAAACAAGCCAGACCCAGAGGAGCCUUAUUUGCUGUUCUACUUUCUUAUGAGCUUGUGCCUUUGCAAAGGAGGCUGGACUGAUUGCUGUGUGCUGUGUAUCGUUAUAGUGUGUAUGGUUAUAGAAUCAAUGUUAGGUCCUGCACAUCUUGCAAAGGCAAAAGAAACCCAGACAGCACUGAGUGUGUCUCAGAUUCUAGGUGAAUACACAGAAAUCCAUUACCCCAAUAGGGUUCCUAUUUCACACAGCUUGUAACAAGGAGUUAUGGUAGAUUAUUUCAUGCCUGCUUUGCAAUUCUUGUUAAAAAACCUUUGUUACUAAUGGAAGAGGUACAAAUUUCCCCCCUCCCCUUUUGAACAGAGAGAGUUUAUCUAUUUGUUCCUUUCUUGGCACACCAGGGGAUCUUCCAAAUCUUUUCAAACAUUGUUCCUUUGAGAACAGAGAUCCCUCCUUAAGAGACAACUGCCUUCAGGGAUGUGAAAGGAUUUAAUUAUGUUGCCCUUGAUGUCCUGUGAAGUUUGUAUUAGUGCUGGUAUGGGGCCAAAGCUUCAGCAAAGGCCUGGGUAGGGUAGUUUGCCUAAGCAUUGUUUUGGAUUUUGAUUUUCUGCUUAGGAGGAAAGGAGUAAGGUCUAUUCCAAAGGAAAACAUACUUUGCCUCCCAUUUAAGAAUGGAUUAUCAGAGUAGCUUCUUGAGAAGCUCAGUGAGUUACUUUCCCCCUUUCUUCAGCCGUACACCUAGAUAAAUAAACAAGGCUGUCUUGAAAGCUACAAUGGCUCCCUGGGGCGUCAAAUGAUUGUGCUCAGCAUAGUUACUGAGGUCGGAAAAAGAGAAGCUAGAUGGCGCUACGGCCCUGAGAUCGUGUGCUGCUGGGUGGGAGCAACGUGAACCUGUGCAGAUCUUCUGGUCUAAAAACCGGGUAUAAUCAAAUACAGGGUCAGAGUUGUGAAAUAGAAGAACAGGGUUUCCACUGAGACAACUGUUUAGCUUUUGGUUUUUAACACAGGCAACAAGUUGAACUGUUUAGGAAACAGACUUAAAUUUAAGCAUGUGGACAUGAAAGAGAAGACUAUGGAUGUAAAAUGGCAUUAAGAUUACCUACACAGGUAAAACUGUGAGAAAUACAUUGUGCACCAUUCUCAUGACAUUACUUAUGUGUAUUUAUUUUAAGUAAAUACUUCUGCUCAGAGAUGCCAGUAAAUACAAACUGAGAUGAACUAUAUACUUUAUCUGUGCAGAUAAAGGAAAGAGACACCUGAUAUGCACGGGGAAAUUGGAGGGGAAAUAAUUAAGUCCUGAUCCACUUAGAAAACUUUUCUUUGAAUUCUUGAGGAUGGAGAUAGAGGGACCUCCAUUGCUAAAUAUAAAUGCUGUACAAGUAAAUGUCUGCAGUAGUUACUGCAAGACAAUCAAUAAUUUCUCUUUAGAUACAUGUUUUCACUUUCAUGUGUUGAUUUUCUUAAUCUCUAUUUUAGAACAAUUUUAAAAAUGAAGUUGCAGUUGUUUUUAGUUAGCAAAUGCACACCAUUCCUCCAUUUGUAUUUUUAUUAGACAUGUAUAUAUUAAUAAAUUUUUAAUUAAAAUUGUAAGGCCAAGUAGAGCUUUUAGUUUACCUCUGAUUAGUAUUUACAGAUGGGCAGUAAGAAUGCCAAAGUUAUUACAAAAGCAAAACACUUAAAAAUGUCCCUAAGGUCUGGAAAUCUGAGGAGGUCUUAUUUAAUACUGAGCUUAGAGAGAGUCUCAGCGGUUGAAAAUAAAUAACAUCCAGGCAGACAGAGAACUGGGAAUUUGUAGUGAAAGCAGCCUCGAGGCUUUGGCAACAGUAUUUUGAUCAUCUGUGAGGGGGCCAGCAGUGAGACAUUGCUGUGUUUGAGCUGAGUUCUGCUAUAGGAAAAGGUUGUGGGUUUUGUUGUUCUUGUUGUUUUGGUUUUGUGGAGGUUUUUGGUUUGUUUGUUUGCUUGUUCUUUGUUUAGUUUUUGAUUUUUUUAAGGAGUUCAGUAGUCAAUUUGUAGAGGUAAGGUACUGUUAGACAAACAUGCACCCGUAACAAAACAUGCAAUAAAUGACUGAUGCUGUGUUUUAUCAUGGCAGAAUGGUACUUCAGUGAUAGUAAAAGCUAUGGAAAGCUAUGUUAACAGAGUUGGAAGUGCCAGAAAUGCUUUGAAGUCAGUGGUAGGGAGGCACUUGAGGAACUUCAAGGGAACCUAUAAAAAGGACUAGCAAGAUGAAGUGGAAGGCUUAAUAGAAUGACAGAAUUUUAGUCCUUACACAAUUGCGAGAUUUUGUUCAAAUAAUAGCAAAGGCAAACAGCUUGAAGAGCAAUGGUUCUGGGGAAUAAGACUGAAGAGAACAAAAUGGGGUUGGAAGGAACAAAAGAAUAAAUCACCUUAUUUUGGGUGAAACUGAGGUGGUGGAUGAGCUGAGAAGGUGGUUGUAACUGAGAAGAAUGAUGGGAGGACACAGGAAGGAAUUUCAUCAGAGAUGCUCCAGGGGAGGCUGAACAGGAGAGAAUCAUCUGUAAACAGAAGGUGUAGGAUAGGAAAUGGGUUAGUUUGUAGAAAGUUUGCAGAAAACUACAUCAAUAUUAUUGGGCUGUGAGUUUGGUAGUUUGAUGAACUAGGCUGUUAGAGCAAAUGUCUUCUUGAAUAGCUUUCCCUUGGGUUAGCAGGGAGCAAAAAUCAAUUGCUUUGAGUAUGGCACUUCGCUUACAAAAAUAAAUAAUAAUAAUGAAAUAAAUUCUAGAAGAACCGUUUGUGAGAUCUUCCUCCCAUUUCAAAAUCUAGUGCAUUUAUCAGCCCCUAUUCUGUUGUGUGUAUGAUGGUUCAGUUUGUUUUAGCCUCUGAGUGUACUAGAAGAUCAUAUUUGAAGUUUUAGGAGGAAAACUGAUGCCUUCUGAAAUGGCUGACUGCAGGGAUUUGGGAAGGAAAUUCUGAAUAGAUUAUACAGAUAACAAUAUCUUUUCCUUCUGCCAACAACAUGUGAAAACACCAGUUCCUGUCAGUGCCUUUUUGAAACCCCACAGACUUUCUGCUUUGCCCAGUGUUUGCAUUGAAUUGAACUGCCAUCAAUUGCAUGGGCAGAUGAGUGUCCUCCAAUGAGUGGUAUCAUUCCUCCAGUGUUCAUUGACACAUGGCAAAUUGUGAGUCUUGUUAAUUAAAUACUGCUACUUUGUUAAAGGCUAUUAUAGAUUAUUAUUAUUAUUAUUAUUGUUUUUUAAUCCUAUGGGAAUCGCACAGCUUUUUCCUUCAUAGAGACUGUGCAGUGCCUUUAGAGAACUGACUUCAGGUUCCAGCCUUCAGAAGCACAAAGGAAUGCAGUAGUGCUUGUACAUAAAUAGCUGUAAGUUUGACGCUGUGCUGACUCAGCAACAAGAAGGACCAUCUGCAGGGUACAGUCUGACCUAACAAUGCUUCUGUUCUUUUCUUUUUCUGUCAUUCAAUUGCUUUCCUCUAAGAACUCAAGGAAACUCAGAGCUUCUUCCUUUUCUUUUUUUUUUUUUUUCCUUUUUCUGUUGUAUCAAAUUGUUUUAAAGUAGUGCUGACAUUGGCUGAACCUUCUGCAGGCUCAGUCUCUAAUGGAUCAACUGAAUGGAAGUCCAGAAGUUCUUUAAUGCCUACUGUAAGUCAAGGGUCAUGUUGUAUAUGGAGCAAAAUGCAUGUAUGGUGACAGGAAGCAGACUUUUCCCUAUGUUUUAAAUAAACAAUAGAGGUCCAAUGUCUAGUUAUUGGUGAUAGGAAAGUCCCCUUAUUCUGAUUUCUGUUUCCUGUAACACUGUAUAUGGCACAUCUCCUUCAUGUUUGUUGGUAUUAUUUAUAUUUAAUAAACGUGUCAUGCAGCAAAUUCUUAAAAAUAACUGUCAACUUUGUAUUUGUUUUCGAGAAAUAGCUGAUGCUGAACAAAGUGCUAAUUUUGGAUUGUGGCAACUACCCCGAAAUGUCCACUCAGCAAGAAAUCCCACAUUUUGUGUUUUGUUUUGUGUUUUAAUUUAGUGUUAUAGGUGAACAGAAUGAAACAAGAGCUGAUAAAUUCAAUGCGUUUCCAAUCUGUGAGAAUGCUAAAAAAAAACGUUCUAAAAAUUGCUGUGCUUUUAAAUUGUUUACUUUGCAUUGAAAGCUUCUCAUUUUAGCUCACUAUCCUGGCCCAAAUUUAUCUACAAGAUGGUUUGUCAAAGCAGCAUAUUGUAAGGGGAAACAGCACCAUAUUUAUAAAAUACAAGAAGUAGUAGGAUGGUUAAAUUGUGAAUGCUGCCUAUUUGGAGGAAAUCCAAACAGGGCCUGCGAAACAGAAGUAUGGCUUUGUGAAUCUUCUUGCAUAGAGAGUAUGUGAAAAUGCUGACAUUUCACGAGGGUGUUAAUUGCUCUGAAUUUAUGAGCAAUUAUUAAUUGUUAUGAAAAUACUGUGUAUUAAUACUGAUUAAUACUAGGAAUGUAUUGUAAAUGUGUAACAUUGUAAUAGAUAGGGUGUUGAACAGGCUCCUUAGUUGGAGUAGCAUUCUUCUCCUUACUGAUUCCAAGCACUGGUUAUUGUAAAUGCAGCUAUAUUGCAGCAGCAACUUUUAAACAACACUUUUCUGCUUAAAAACCUUUUCUGUUAAUUUUUUUGUUUAACAUUCCUGGAAGAUGCCAAAUUGUGUUACAUUGUAUUUUUAUUUAUUUUCUUUCAAUACUUUGAAUGUUUGAUACAUUUUUAUUUCCUUUGAAAAUUAGAAGAGGUUCCCGAUGGUACUUGCUAUUUCCAUGGAUGUUUUAAUACAGUUGCAGUCAUUCAGCUAUGCCGUGUCUUCCAGACUACUUCUGGAGGGAGCCAGGCCACAGAGCAGAGUUAAGAGCUGAAGGUGAAAAACUAUUUUUCUGCUUGCCUUGGUUUUGGAUGCAAUCUUCAAGUCUACUUACUACUAUUGUAGAUAAAAAGACACCUUGUGGAAAAUCACGUCUUUCUUUUCAUCUUCCAUUGAAACUUAAUUUUGCUGGCUGUAAUAAUAGCUUAUAUGUAAGUGUUUCCAGUCUGUCUGUCCAAGUAUGUCUUUUCUUCACAGCUCUGAAAUCAGCCACAGCUUCCUCAACCACCUGGAAGGCAACUUCCUAUGAGCAGCAGCCUCUCUUCCAGAGCAGAGAAGAGCAAAAUUCCCACUUCUUACACACUUGUGCUUCACACUUUUCUGUUUCUUCCUUGAGUCUAAGCUCCAGCCAUUUCACGCUCUAAACUACAGUAUUUCUUUUAUGAGCCGGAGCAUCUACAAACAGCUUUACUCCAAUAAAGGUGAGACCUAAGGAAAAAAGAAGAGAAUGUUCAGUCAUCAGUAGAACAAGCUGGAGAAUGAGCCUCGCCUCCACCUGUCUGCUCUGCUGUUUGCAAGCGUUUGGGUGAGGCAGGUGAUAGUCUGGCAUUUUCUUUCAGUCUUACUAUAGUCUUGAUAAAUGAAAGAAUAAUUCUAACACUAAGUAUGGAAGGGAUGAUCAUCUCAAAGAGACUGGGUUUUUUACUGGGUAAGAAUAGAUAAAAGCAGUAGAUUUUUGGAAUAACACAGGCCGCUGUUUAUCUCCACAAAAUAUCAGAAAUGCAUUUCUCCAUAUUUCUAAAUGUUCCACUUCCUCCAUGACUCUGAUGUUAGUUCUAUAUAAAUAAAUUUAGAGUGCAAUAAUGGAGUGGAAAAGUGGAGAUUUUCCUUUCUUCACUUUUACAGGGGUGUUUCCAGUUUCAAACCUCAUUAAAUACUUGUUCAUAUGUUCAAAAAAAGUGUUCAGAACUAUUAAGAUGUGAUUGCUUUAGCAAAAGCUAGCUAAUAUUUUUUAAAGAAAGCCUGUAAGUUGCUGUGAGCCUGUGAUUUCAUUGUUUAAUGCUCCAAUAUCAAGUUUUCAUGCUCAAUAUCUUAGAUUUUUUUCCCCAGUUCUCUGCCUCAGUUGGUAGGGCAUUUCCAACAAGAUCACUGAGAAAAAGAAUAGUAGGAAAUCUUAAUCAAUUUAAUUAGGCUAUUUUUGUGCUAAUGAACUAUCUGGAAUGACAGGAGGAACUCAGCAGGAAGAGAACAAUAGCAUGUUUAUGCAAUACUGGUGAGUAAUUUAAGACUAAAUUUGGGAAGGAUUUGGAAGCGAGCAGUUUGAGAAUUCAGUAUUGGAAGUUAUAAUAAAUGUAAAAAGGUUAAGCACCCUCCAAUACUAUGCCACAAAAUAUAGUUAAUUUACUAUCUGUAGCUAUUGGAAGGCUUCCAGAUUUCAGUCAAUAGCAGCUGGACCUUUAAUGGCUUAUGGAAAAGUAGACAGCUGAGUGAUUUUGCUAACACUUCAACUAUAAGUGAGGAAAAUUUUACAGAGGAGAAAGAGAUUUUCAUCAAGGUGAGUACGAACUUAGCUGCAAUUCAAACUUUUGGAAGCUCACUUCUGGAAAGGCGUACUGGAAAAGAAAGAAGGGAUUUGUUUGUGUUAUCUUGAGAGGACUGGGAGAAGACACAAAAUCAGUUAUGGUAACAGAAACUGUGAGAACCAUUUAUGUAAAAAAUGAUUAUUAAAUUAAAAAACAAGUUUGGCAGAAUUUAGAGAAAAUAAAUGUGCAAAGGGUAUGUGCUGAAACACUAGUAUAAAGAGUUGCAGAUAGCUUUGUAAUUAAGGAGGAAAGUAGUCAAACUGAAAUGCUGAAAAUGAAGUGAAGAAUUAAAUAACAGCAAGAAGUUUUAAGUAACUGUUAACUUACUGAUGAAUGAAAGGAAAUUUAAUGAUGAGAGCCCAGGUACCUAUAGAGACUCUUCUGCAUUAAAAGUUUGAAAGUUCCAUAUACCUGAAGUGAGUGUAAAUGUUAGCUUUUAAAAAUGUUAUAUCAAAAGAGAAUAGCCAAGGUUUGGUAUUACACAGACUUGUUAAGGAUAGAAUGACAGAGCAGCAGAUUAUCAUUUUAGGUUGUUGCUGUUCGCUUUGACAAAAGUGCAUUUGCUGGGAACCAGAGGCUGCUAAGCUGUGUGAUAAGUCAAGAAGGAAGUGGUAGUGAAGAAGGAAAUACUUUUAAGUUCCUUUGGGCUUGAGAACAGUUUUGUAUAUAUGGAGAAGUAUAUGCAUGUGAGAAGUAGAUCUUCCAAGUACCUUCCAAACAGGGCUUCCCCAAUUUUAAACUUGCCAGAACAGAUUGGGGCAUUUGCCACUGCACUGCUGAAAAACUACUUUGCAGAGGGACACCCCUCUUCCAAAGGGUAUAUUUCACUUCAUAGCUAUCUUUUUGUAAAAUUGCUGGUUUGUUUUAAAUAAAAACAGGUUAAAAUUUGCUGACGUGUUUUCAAGAACAUCUGUAAUUAGUAAGAACUACUACUUAUUUUUAGUUGUGGGAUAUUAGAAAUAUCUUUUAAAAUCUAAUAUAAGCAAGCUCCAGAAGUUGUGUUUUCAGCUGUACUUGUAAAAUGCCUAUAUAUGCAGGCAUUUGUGUGCAUUCAGAAAGAUAAUGACCCAAAGCUAGAAAAUAGAUCUAAAACUUUCAGAAAGUGUGAAAUGUGAUGUUGAGAACUUUCAGAUUUUAUUCAGAAGCUGUUUCUGUAAUUAUUAAGGAAAACGGUAGUACUGAAAACAUACAAUGCAGUAGAUUAAUUAAGAUGCUUUAAAAAUAGUGUUAAUUGGUAGUUACUUACAGCCAAAAAGCUUCCAUAGGGAAAAAUACAGUAAUUUCCACCAACCUGCUUUAAUUAUUGUACUCUAAAGACAGUAAAAAGGGACACAUUAUGAUUUAUACGUUUGGAUCAAAUUUAAUUAAUUUAUUUAUCUUUAGAUAUCACUGGUAGGUGGGGAUGUGUGGCCUGGGAAGAAUAUAGGGAUG